GUUUUCAAAACUUUGAAGCUAAAGAGAAAGCAGCAAAGGAAAAGUUAUUGGGAAGUCCUCUGAGACGGCAAGUGCGUGAAGGUUUAUACUGCACCUCAGCACACUGGAGUGGAUCUGUGGAUACUCGUGACAAAUUCUCCACAAAUGUACCAUGCAACAUCUGGCUGAGAACGACCCUUGCCACCUGUGAAAACCUCUUGCCUUAUUUGGAUUGGAUAUUGCUAGAGCUUUAUUCACAGACGGAUCUCCUGGCUGGAUUUUGGUUUUGUUACUUACAUCUGCAUCAGGUAAAGUAUCAAGAAAAUAUGGUUCAUCUGGGUGAACAUAAAUGGACGCAUGUGUUUCCUUUUCUGGUGGUGUCACUGGUGUACUCUGCUAAUGCUGAAUAUUCUAACUGCGGUGAAAAUGAAUACUAUAAUCAGACCACUGGAAUGUGCCAUGAUUGUCCCCAGUGCAAGCCAGGAGAAGAGCCUUAUAUGACUUGUGGCUAUGGCACCAAAGAUGAAGACUACGGCUGCAUUCCUUGCCCGUCUGAAAAGUUUUCUAAAGGAGGUUACCAGAUAUGCAGGCGUCACAAAGAUUGUGAGGGAUUUUUUCGAGCCACUGUCAUGACACCUGGUGAUACAGAGAAUGAUGCAGAAUGUGGGCCUUGUCUCCCUGGUUACUACAUGUUGGAAAACAGACCCAGGAACAUCUAUGGCAUGGUUUGCUACUCAUGCUUGUUGGCACCUCCUAACACCAAGGAAUGUGCUGGCAUGACCUCUGGUGUUUCAGCCAUUUUCCCAAGUACCUCUGGCACAAACACGCUCUCGCCUUUUCAGCAUGCACACAAAGCAGAUCUUUCAGGACAAGGGCAUCUGGCUACUGCCCUAAUAAUUGCCAUGUCUACUAUAUUCAUAAUGGCUAUUGCCAUUGUCUUGAUCAUCAUGUUUUACAUUGUGAAAACAAAACCUUCUGGUCAAGCCUGUUGCACCAGCCAUUCAGUAAAAACAGUCGAAGCUCAAGCCAAUAUGCAAGAAGAGAAGACAGACGUACAAGAAAAUGUUGUGAUUUUCUCAGAGAAAGAGGAGUUUGAAAAACUGACAGCAACUCCAGCUAAGACUGUUAAAAGUGAAAAUGAUGCAUCUUCUGAGAAUGAACGACUUUUAAGCCGAAGCAUGGACAGUGAUGAAGAAGCUGCUGUUGAUAAACAAGGGACCCCAGAUCUGUGCUUGUUAUCUUUAGUUCAUCUCACCAGGGACAAAUCUACAAAUAACAAAUCAACUGGGAUUCAAAGUCGAAGGAAAAAGAUACUUGAUGUGUAUGCGAACGUAUGUGGUGUUGCCGAAGGUCUCAGUCCCACAGAGCUGCCAUUUGAUUGCCUGGAGAAGACCAGCAGGAUGCUCAGCUCAACAUACAACUCAGAAAAAGCUAUUGUGAAAACAUGGCGCCACCUUGCUGAGAGCUUUGGACUAAAGAGGGAUGAAAUAGGUGGUAUGACAGAUGGCAUGCAACUCUUCGACCGCAUCAGCACAGCCGGCUACAGUAUCCCAGAACUUCUAACCAAACUAGUGCAAAUUGAACGGUUAGAUGCUGUUGAGUCUUUGUGCGCAGAUAUUUUGGAGUGGGCACAAGUGAUGCCUUCACCUGAACCAGUGGUUACAUCCUGAUGUGAGCACCAUUUCCAAAGGAUGUGCAAGAACAUUGAUCCCAAGAACAACGGUUCAAAGACACGGGGUAGAGACUUAAAAGAAUCGGUGGUUUUCUCAUAUACUACUCAUAUUCACGCCGAAGAGUAAAGCAAGGCAAGAUUUGCAACUGAAUUUAUCACCAACAAAUUAAACAGAAUGGCUUUUGUUAAACAGUUACUGAUAGUAAGUGGACACUAAUAUCCAUUUUCCACAAAAUUUACAAGUAUAGGUACAGGUCAAUCUGCUGAUAGCCUGUCUGGCUUUGAAGAAAGCCCAUUUAAUUAUUGUCUGAAGAUAGUUCUAUCACCUGGGGCUCUGUUCAGUAAUUUAAAAUCUACAGUUAGAUACAGUACCAUGGAAUACAGAUAAAGCAUACAUAUUUCUAUCAGCUCUAACACUGUAAUUGUAACCAAUUUCAUUCCUUAUACAUACUAUGGAUUUGUUGAAUCAAGAAGUGCUUAGAUUAACUAAUUAUACUGUAUGAAAAAAGUUACUAAUGGAGUCUACAUGAUCCAAAUGCUUCAAAUGACUGUAUAUACUGGUAAGAAAGAUGGCAGUGAUUGCUCUUAAGUUAAAAGGACAAUAUUUUUUCUAUUCUCUGUAUUUAUAAACAAACACUUGUCUAUUGCAUUACAAGACAUUUUGCUUUAUCGGUAUUAAUGACGUCUGUGCUUCUUAAGUUAUAUUCCAAACAAAAACGGUGCAUACGCUAGAACUGCAGAGGACAAAGAACAAAAAACACUUGAAAAAGAAGAAAAUGUAGCAAAUCAAGUGGUGGUUGAAAAGCUGUGCUCUUGUAAAAAUAUGAUAUGAACAUGAACACAGAGAUCACAGGAUUAAAAAACCAUGGAAGCUUUAUUUUGAGGUUGUCCACAGCAGCAACCUAUCAAUUUAUUUGUUUAAAAAGUUAACAAAUCGCUAUUUUUCUUGAGAUAGUGGGUUUUUAAACCUAUAAUUGCGGAGGCCAGAAGCCAGUAGCUGUUAACAAUCCAGUUGGUUAAUCUACAGUUCAGUACAUUGCUCAAUGGUGACAGAUUUCAGUGAGAGUUAUUACUAAAUUAAAACAAAUUCCAUGACUUACAAAGCAAUACUUUUUUAAUUACAAAUUGCAUGACUGAGCUAAUGUGUUAUAAAAAUAUCAGUCAUAUCCUUGAAACUAACAACCAGUUUUCCACCAGUGAGCAUACAGAAUUUAUCUCUGACAGGGCUAUAAUUAUGUGCUGAAUGUUUAAUAUCACCAUUUAGCAGUUAAUUUGCUGAUCUUUUCAGUACUUAUUUCGUGUAGUCUGGGAGCUACAUAAUUUAAUUAUCCUUUGAGUUUCUCUUUGAAAUCUUCUUUUCCUACUUGUUCUAUGGAAAUUAUAAAAAUACUUCCCUUAAUUAGCCUGCAAAUGCCAAAUUUGAUCAUAAUUCUGUCCUUAAAGGAAGUUUGCUGCUUCCUUAAAAAAAAUACUUUCACAUUUAAAAAAUAGAGAUAACAAAACCCCAAUUGACUUCAGUGGGGACAGGAUUUCAGGCAAGAUCUGAAUUUUGCAGUUUGAGCCCAUCUCUAAUAAAAAGGAAAGUUGCUAUUUUUCUUAUGCCAGUAUAUAACUACAGUGUUGUCCUACAACUAUAGGACUGGUCUGACAUUUAUUGUUUCAUUUAAUAUUAACAUAUUGUGUACUUAUGUAAAGACAAACAGUGAUCAUUUGUUUAUUGAGCCUUGAGGAACAUUAGGCCCUUGAAAUUAAUGGUGCCAAUGUGCACACAGACUAUUUAACAUUACACAUCUACCCCGAUAUAACGUGACCCGAUAUAACACGAAUUUGGAUAUAACGUGGUAAAA